AUCCAUCACGAGCCACCCCUGCACCUGCGUCGACGGCGUCAGGCCUGCCCACGACGAUGUCCGUCCCCCUCUACACCAUGGCCCCGCCGCCGCGGCGAAACCCCCUCAGCACCGCGCCUACGAACCACCACGCGAUUAACCAGCCCUACGCACCACCCGGGACACCCCCCAAGCCACAAGUCCAAGAGAAACACCGCAACCCUUCAUCGCCCCCGCUGCCGAGGCAGAAUAUGAAAGUCACCCCGCCUUCACCUCCCAAAGUCAUUACCGACAAGUCUCGAACGGUUGAAUUCUUCCGCAUUGGCAUGCUCGGCGAAGGUGGCUUCGCUCGCGUGUAUGAAGUCCAAGACUCUCGCGGCUCAAGGUCGGCGUGUAAAGUUGUCACGAAAUCCUCUCUCAAGACUAAGAAGGCGAAGACAAAGCUCUACGCCGAAAUCAAGAUCCACCGUUCCCUCGACCACCCAAACAUCGUUCGUUUCCAAGAAUGUUUCGAGGACGACGACAACGUCUACAUGACCCUCGAGCUAUGCCACAAUGGCUCACUCAUGGACAUGCUGCGACGGCGGCGACGCUUCACAGAGCCGGAGUCACGUUUCUUUAUGGUGCAGCUCAUCGGCGCGUGCCAAUACAUGCACACGCACCAGGUCAUCCACCGUGACCUGAAGCUCGGCAACAUCUUCCUCGACCGUAACAUGAACGUGAAGGUCGGUGACUUCGGCCUUGCGGCGCUCAUCGAGAACCCGGGCGAACGCAAGAAGACGAUCUGCGGCACGCCGAACUACAUUGCGCCCGAGGUUCUCUUCGACACCGCAAAUGGGCACAGUUUCGAGGUCGACACGUGGUCGAUUGGCGUCAUACUCUACACGCUCGUCGUCGGCCGCCCGCCGUUCCAAACCAAGGAUGUCAAGGCCAUCUAUAAGCGCAUUCGGGACAAUGAGUACGAAUUCCCCGAAGACCGCGCUGUGUCUGUGCUUGUGAGGGAGCUCGUACAGCAGAUCCUCACCCCCGACCCGCAGCAACGCCCCACCCUUCACGAAAUCGUUGAACAUGCGUGGUUCACAACAGGCGUCGUGCCUGGUUACAUCCCCGCAACUGCGCAUGACGGCCCCCCGAGCUUCGCACAUAUCACGCGCUCGAUCUCCGAGGCGAACCUCGCGCGCCUCAAGCGCUACGCAAUGCUGGACGAGGAUCAGGUAACCAGCAUCAACGUCCCCGCGCCACCUGCGCCUUCUGCGGCUACGUCGAGCAAGAGCAAGGGCAUGUCGUCAAGCUUGGCGCAACAAGAGAAGGAGUUCCAGAAGGCCGUGCAACCUGGUUCGCCGAUCUCUGCCCUGCUCAGCUCCGCUCGUCAACCUCUGCUGGUUGCGCCCCUCGCUGCACCCCGUGGCGAGCCCCUCCUCCGCAAACUCCAAGCAGCCAAGGACCCGCGCUCCCCUGCACGCCCCGGCCGUACGAACCUUCAAAACAUCGCAGAGCGCGAGGAAGACGAAGAUGUACAGCGAGAGGUGAUCCGCAAGAAGGAGUUGGAGAGCCAGAAAGCGCGCAUCGUCGCGCAGAUGGUGCCCGGCAGCGCGCCCGGUUCGGCGUACGGCCAGGAGGACCAGGAGAACGUCCCCCCUGCAGAGUUCAGGCCUUCUCGCGAACGGCGGGGAGAGUCGAACAAGGAGAGAGAGAAGGUGAAAGAGAGGCAGGUGCCUAAGGAGGAGUCGACUAUUCCGGCCCCGGUCCCGUCGUCGUCCACUGAGAAUGCGCCCGCUCUCCGCGUGAAUGGGUUCGACGCCGCCGCGCAGACGCUCACUGUGGCGUUUGAUGCGAAGGCUGCUGGACGAGUCUUCAAGGAUCCCCGCGAGGAGGUUGGCUUGCCCGACCCGAAGGUCUUCAUCGUAUCCUGGGUCGACUACUGCAACAAGUACGGCAUGGGUUAUGCGCUCACCGAUGGCUCUGUCGGGGUGCACUUUAACGACAGUACGACGAUGAUUCUCUCCGCAGAUAAACAUCAUUUUGAUUACGUCUCGUCGAGGCGCCAGGGCUCGGUAUACGUGCGCAAGAACUACACGGUGUCUGUAUAUCCCGAAGAUCUGAAGAGCAAGGUGUAUCUCCUUAAGCAUUUCGAACGCUAUAUCAUGGAUCGUCUCUACGGCGAAUACGACUACACUUACGAAGACAAGGAACGCACGAAGGGCAUGGACUUCGUGCAGAAGUACCUCCGCAUGAAGCACGUUAUCGUGUUCAAGAUGAGUCACGACGUCUUACAGUUCAACUUCUACGACCAUUCAAAAGUCAUCCUCUCGUCCCAAGGCCUACUCAUCACCCACAUCGACAAGGACUACAACCUCACCCGGUGGACUCUGAGCGAGGUAAUGGGCCUUGCACUUCGCCCACCGGUCUCGGACCCGAAGCAGGCCAAGUUUAAUCAGCGCCUCUUCGACAAGAUCAAGUACUGUAAGGAGGUACUGGUGUCGAUCAAGAACGCCAGCUCGAGUUCGGGUUCUGGCGAAGAUCAACAGGUGCAGGGGCAAGGCGAGGAUCCGGAGGGCUUCGGGAUGCCCGGCGGACCGCCACCCAUGAGCACUCGCUCGUCAAAGCAGUCGUUGCGCUAGCGGUCCUCCUGCAGGUAGUUACAGCGGCGAGGAGGUUCGUACCUUGCUGGCGUCGUUCAAAUCGUUAGCGCCGACGUCUGUUCUGGAUAUUUGCAUUUGUACGAUACCCUCCGAUGAAUCCACGACCGUAUGCAUGUUCACACGUCUCUUUAUGAUCAUCUCAUCCUCUCCUCUCGCUGCCUCUCUUGUCACUCUCUCGUCACUUCUCGUCUGUCUGGUCUCGCACAUCACCCAUUCGUAGCCCGCACCUAUCCACGAUAUGUAUUAGACGCAUCUACUUAGUCACCGAACCCGUGGUCAUGUACGUUGCCGUUUGCUCACAACCGUACGUAGGUGCGGGUCAGAAUGACAUGGCUUCUAGCCCUCUCGCACUCUACUACUAUUAGUAUAGGCGACGGCGGUGAUGGCGUUC